AUGUCCGAGGAAGAGCGAGCGGCGGCGCAGAAUGCGCGGUCGCACCAGACGGCGGAGGAGAUGGCACAGGCGCUCAAGGCGCUGCACGGCAUUGACCUCGAUGUUGACACAUCGCAGCCGCACCUAAUCAACCUGCACAAUCCGUCGCUACUGUACGGGCUCGAGGCGGAGCGGACGGUGUUUGGCAAGGCGCAGGAGGCCGACGUGGUGCUCGGGGGCGUGCUGGUGCAGAACCUGCACUGCACGAUCAGCAACGCCGAGGGGCAGUGCACGCUCGAGCCGCACUCGAACGCAGUCCUCUUUCUCGACGGCAACAAGCUCGAGUCUGCGGCGGUGCUCCACGAGGGCGACCGCAUUGUGAUUGGCAACAACCACUUUUCCGGUUUGUGGACCCGGUUGAGAUCGGUCCACUACGACCUGCACUACGCGGUGCAGGAGCUAGCGUCGCACAAUCCGCUGACCAAGAUCCAGAAGGUGGCCGGUGAGACGGACGCGCAGGCGAAGCGGCGCGGCGAGCUCGAGCUUGUCCUCACGGACAUGCUGCCGUUUAUCAUGGAGGCGAAUGCGGUGUGCAAGUCGAUGAACAAGCCGCGGCGGUUCGAGCCUGUGUUUGCGUGCGACAUGUCGAAGGGUUACCACAACGCCAAGACGGAGAUCAAGAUCAAAGUGGUCCACCUCGACGAGCCAGAGCGCGAGUCGUUCUGGUCGACGGAUCGGUUCGAGGACGAGCUGCUCUCGAUGAAGGAGGUGUACGAGGGGUACAACGCGAGACCGCCCGGAGACGAGCUCAUCGGGCUCGCACACGUGCUUCUGCUUGCGCUCUCGGAGGGCAUUCCGGUGGGGCCGAACCUCCACACGCCGAUCUGGGACGCGACCGGCGGGUACCAGGGCGGACUGAUCAUCUCGAUCUACGUGGCGUCGGUGACGGGCGAAAUCAUCGAGUAUGAGGAUCUCGACGACGAGAACUGGCUUGCGGCGGGGUCGCGGGUCGACUUUCUGGUCUCGAUUGCGUCUGUUGUGGGCGUCCCGCUCCAGUACGAGAACGGGGUGUACUGCAAGUUCAAGUUUUUCGAUACGGAGCUUGUGUACACGCCGCCGUCUGUGGACUGCAUUGUCAACCACGAGCUCAACCACAAGCACCUGGUGACGACCAACGUGACGGCCGAUCUUGUCAAGUACUUGCAGGAGGAGGAGCUGGUUGUUGAGGUCUGGGCGGUCGCCGACAAGACGUUCCAGGUCCAGGAGAUGACUGGCGGAGCCGAGGGGACCAAGGUCCCGCACUUUAUCCACACGUCGGACGACGGCGACGGAGCCGGGCUCGGUGACCUCGACGCGAGCUUCAUGACUGAGAUGCUGGAGCGGAUGACGCCGCAGUCGUUCCGGCCGGGGCAGUACAUCAUGCGCGAGGGCGACGACGGGCACUCGAUGUACUUUCUCACCAAGGGCAUUGUCCUUGUGGAGCUCCCCAACGGCGACACGAUCCAGAUCAACGAGGGCACGUUCUUUGGUGAGAUCGCGCUCUUCAUGCACACGCAGCGGACGGCGUCGAUCCGGGCGUACAACGAUGUCCAAGUGCAGGUCCUCACCCGCGACACCUUUAACGAUGUGGUGGCCAAGUGGCCGGCGGUCAAGGCGCAGUUUGAGAGUCUCGCCGAGCAGCAUCUCGAGUCGGACCGCAAGCGCUCUCGGCGUGGAUCGCGGGUCCAGGAGAACGCGUCGUGGAUGAAGCGCAUCGCGUCGGUCAUUCAGACCGCCAUGGGCUCGGCAGUGCCCGGCGGCAGCAACGGAGCCGGGGUGGCGUUGGUGGAGGGUGGCGGCGGCGGCGGCGGUGGAGCGGUUGUGGGCGGCGAGUACGACGUGGAGGUGCUGGACGGGCCAGACGCGGUGCGGCGCGGGACGAAGCUUUCUGCGGCAGCGAACCUGGCCAACUCGACGAUUGGGGCCGGGAUUCUUGCGCUGCCGAUUGUGCUCUCGUACUGUGGGCUUGUGCCUGGGGUGGCGCUGGUGGUGGCCAUGGGGCUCAUGGCCGACUUUUCGCUCAAUCUGCUGACGUCUGUGGCCAAGACGAUGCCGCAGAACCGGCUGACGUACGAGGACGCUGGGGUAAUGUUCCUCGGUGGAGCUAAGGGGUCCAAGCUUGUGGAGAUUUGCACGAUUGGAAUCAACUUUGGGGCUGUGACGGCGUACGUGAUCAUUCUAGGCGACAUGAUUGUGCCACUGGCCAAGCUUGUCUUUCCGGAUGAUUCGAUCAUGACCUCGCGCGAGGUGCUGACGCUUAUUCUUGCGACCGGGGCAAUGCUGCCGCUUGCACUGCUGCGGCGGAUCAACUCGCUGCGGUACGCAUCGCUGCUCUCGCUCGCGAUGGUGAUCACAUUUGUAGUGGUGGUCCUUGUCGACUCUGCGACGAAGAGCUCCAACUCGCACAUCAGCGGACGGCACGAGGACAUUGCGUGGUUCCGGCUCUCGUCGGACCUGUUCAAGGGAGUGCCGCUCAUCACGUUUGCGUUUGCGUGCCACACCAAUUUGUUUCCUGUUCUCAAGGAGAUGCCGACGCUCAAGCGGUUCUCGCACGCGAUCCACGCGUCGACGCUCACGUGCGGCACGCUGUAUCUCACUGCUGGCAUUGCGGGCUACGUGGUGUUUCUCUCGCAGACGCGCGGCAAUCUCUUGGUCGGGUAUCCGGACGACUCGGUGCUGUUCAACAUCCUGCGCGCCCUCUUCUGCCUCACGAUGGUUCUCACGUACCCACUGGCCGGGUACCCUGUCCGGCUCUCAGUUGACCGCAUGCUCUUUCCCAAGGCGGCGCGCGAGAUGACGACGGCCCGCCUUGUUGGCGUGACGGUGGGGAUCUGGGUGGCGGCAGUCUCGCUUGCGCUGGCAGUUCCCAACGUGACGGUUGUUUUUGGUCUUGUCGGAUCGACGGCGUCGAUGUUUACAUCGUACAUCCUGCCGGGCCUCCUCUUCUACCGCUGCGUGGAGCUCCAGCGCGAGUCACCGCGGUGGAAGCGGUGGGCGGCGGUGGUGCUUGUUGUGGCGGGCGUUGUGCUCGGGGUGACGUCGACGGCGGUUAUCCUUGUUGGCGUUGCGCGCGGCGAGUCUGACGAUUGAGUAAAGUAUUUAGGCAGGAGA